AUGUCUGCUCCCUUAGUAGUAUUGGGUAACCCACUUCUAGAUUUCCAGGCGGACGUCACGGCGGAAUACCUGGCCAAGUAUUCCCUAAAGGAAAACGAUGCCAUUUUGGUCGAUGCCAAGUCGGGCGACGCCAAGAUGGCUAUUUUCGACGAGCUCUUGCAAAUGCCAGAAACCAAGCUUGUUGCCGGUGGUGCUGCUCAGAACACUGCGAGAGGUGCUGCCUACGUCUUGGGCUCCGGCCAGGUCGUGUACUUCGGUUCCGUCGGUAAGGACAAGUUCAGCGAGAGAUUGCUUAACGAAAACGAAAAAGCUGGUGUUAGGUCCAUGUACCAAGUACAAACUGAUGUCGGUACCGGGAAAUGCGCCGCUUUGAUCACUGGUCACAACAGAUCCUUGGUGACAGACCUGGGUGCUGCCAAUUUCUUCACUCCAGAUCAUUUGGACAAGCAUUGGGAGUUGGUCGAAGCCGCUAAGCUUUUCUACAUCGGCGGGUUCCACUUGACCGUGUCUCCAGACGCUAUUGUCAAGUUGGGUCAACACGCCCAGGACAACCGCAAGCCUUUUGUCCUGAACUUUAGUGCCCCUUUCAUUCCUCACGUUUUCAAAGACGCAUUGGCCAGAGUUUUGCCUUAUGCUACCGUCAUCAUCGCCAACGAAUCCGAAGCUGAAGCCUUCUGCGAUGCCUUCCAAUUGGACUGUGCCAACACCGACUUGGAGGCCAUUGCUCAAAGAAUCAUCAAGGACUCUCCAGUUGAGAAGACUGUCAUUUUCACCCACGGCAUCGAGCCAACGGUCGUCGUGUCCUCUAAGGGUACUACCAACUACCCUGUCAAGCCUUUGGACUCCUCCAAGAUCGUCGACACCAACGGUGCUGGUGACGCCUUUGCCGGUGGGUUCAUGGGUGGGCUAACUCUGGGUAGAGAUUUGGAAACCUCAAUUGACAUGGGCCAAUGGUUGGCCGCUUUGUCUAUUCAAGAAGUCGGUCCUUCUUACCCUUCCCAAAAAAUAUCUUACUUUAAAUAG